CCUCGGUCCAUGUGGAAUGUCGGGUCUGUAUGAUUUAAAAAUAGCCCCAUCUCAUCUUCAGCCUGACACGCUGCUCCAGUGAGUCUCAUAGUGGUGCGAGCAGCAGGAAUGUGAAGAUGGCUACAGAUCUGGGAGAGCUACUGGUCCCGUACAUGCCCACCAUUAAAGUACCGAGGACAGGAGACAGGGUUUUCAAGAGCGAAUGCGCUUUUUCUUUCGACUCUCCUGAAUCAGAAGGUGGUCUCUAUGUGUGUAUGAACUCGUUUCUGGGUUUUGGAAGAGAACAUGUGGAAAGACAUUUCCGUAAAACUGGACAGAGUGUUUACAUGCACUUAAAAAGGCAUGUGAAAGAGAAAGCCACAGGUGCUGCGGGGGGUGCCAUACCCAGAAGAAGGAAUGGAAAAGUGUUUUUAGAUUUAGAGCUUAACCGUGAUUUUAACGGCGAUGAGUAUGAGUAUGAAGAUGAAGCCAAGCUUGUCAUAUUUCCAGACCACUUUGAGAUCCCUUUACCAAAUAUUGAGGAGUUACCCGCACUGGUAACAAUAGCCUGUGAUGCUGUCCUCAAUGCUUCAUCUCCAUACAAAAAGCAAGAGUCUGAAUCUUGGGAAGAGGAGAUCCAAGUAUCAAAACAUGCCAGAAGUCUCAGACAGCAGGAUAAUGGGGUUCGAAUUCCUCCAAGUGGUUGGAAGUGUGCCAAGUGUGAAAUGAGAGAGAACCUGUGGCUGAACUUGACGGAUGGUUCUGUCCUCUGUGGGAAAUGGUUCUUUGAUGGGAGUGGAGGUAACGGACAUGCCCUUGACCACUACAAAGAAACCAACUUCCCCCUGGCCGUUAAACUCGACACAAUCACCCCAGAUGGAGCAGAUGUUUAUUCCUUUGAUGAAGAAGAAGCCGUGCUUGAUCCUCUUAUAUCAGAACAUUUAUUGCACUUCGGAAUAGAUAUGCUGCAGAUGCAAAGAACAGAAAACGGCCAUCACACAGACAACCACGUACAGCCACGUGUAAGUGACUGGGAAAUGGUUCAGGAGGCGGGGCUAAAGCUGAAGAAUGUGUACGGCCCAGGAUACACAGGCAUCAAAAACCUGGGCAACAGCUGCUACCUGAGCACCACUAUGCAAGUUCUGUUCAGUAUUCCAGAAUUUCAGAGAGCGUAUGUUGGGAAUCUACAAAGAAUAUUUGACUACUCACCUCUUGAUCCAACUCAGGACUUUAACACACAGAUGGCGAAACUAGGCCAUGGGCUUCUCUCAGGCCUUUACUCUAAACCUCCAAUGAAAUCAGAACUUAUUGAACAGGUGAUGAAAGAAGAACACAAGCAGCAGCAAAAGGGGAUUUCGCCUAAGAUGUUCAAAGCCUUGGUCAGUAAGGGACACCCAGAGUUCUCCUCCAACCGGCAACAAGAUGCUCACGAAUUCUUCCUGCACUUAAUUAACCUUGUGGAGAGGAACAGUGUUGGAUUUGAGAACCCCAGCGAUGUUUUUCGUUUCAUGGUGGAGGAGCGCGUGCAGUGCUGUCAGUCACAAAAGGUGCGAUACACACAGAGAGUGGACUACCUAAUGCAGCUUCCUGUACCUUUGGAGGCCGCCAGCAACAGAGAGGAGCUCAUAGCGUAUGAGAGUAAGCGGAAGGAAGCAGAGGAGAAUAUGCGGCCCCUUCCAGAGCCCGUAAGGGCCCGCAUUCCCUUCACCGCCUGUCUGCAAGCUUUCACUGAGCCUGAAAAUGUUCCAGACUUCUGGAGCUCUGCACUACAGGCCAAGUCAGCCGGAGUGAAGACCUCCCGUUUUGCAUCCUUCCCAGACUACAUGGUAUUACAAACGAAGAAGUUCACGUUUGGAGUAGACUGGGUGCCCAAAAAGUUAGACAUUUCUGUAGAUGUACCUGACUUUCUGGACUUGAAUCGUCUCCGGGGGACAGGGCUACAGCAAGGAGAAGAGGAGCUGCCUGACCUCACACCUCCCAUUGUCAUUCCUGAAGAUACAAGAGACAAUUCAAUAAACAACUCAUUGGAAUCUCCAGAAAUAGAUGAAUCAUCUGUAAUGCAAUUGGCAGAGAUGGGUUUCCCUAUGGAAGCAUGUCGAAAGGCAGUGUACUACACUGGGAAUAUGGGAGCAGAGAUGGCCUUUAACUGGAUUAUAGCACACAUGGAAGAACCAGAUUUUGCUGAGCCUCUGGCCAUUCCCUCUUACAUGGAACCAGACCUCCCCAGCCCCAGCCUUCCCGCCAUCAGCACACUAGACAACCAGCCUCCGGAAGAAAGCAUCGCCAUCCUCACCUCAAUGGGCUUCCCCAGACAUCACACCAUCCAGGCUCUCAAAGCCACAAACAACAAUUUGGAACGAGCACUUGAUUGGAUAUUCACCCAUCCGGACUGUGAGGAAGAAACUGAGGCCAUGUCAGACACACCGGAUACAGAGCCAAAUGAUAACAGCUUCUCAAACGCCAACGCCAACAGCGACUCCUUACUGACCCCAGAUCAGGAGCCUUCCAGUCCUCUUUUCAGAGAUGGACCCGGGCGUUAUGAGCUGUUUGCCUUCAUCAGUCAUAUGGGAGCAUCAACGAUGUCUGGCCAUUACGUCUGUCAUAUCAAAAAAGAGGGAAGAUGGCUGAUUUACAAUGACCACAAAGUGUGUUUGUCAGAGAAGCCUCCUAAAGACUUGGGCUACAUAUAUUUUUACCGGCGCCUGUCAAGCUUAUAGAUCUGGACCUUCAUAGUCUUUAUGCACAAGAGAGGUGUGGGAUACCACUUACAUUGCUGGAAACUAGGAAAGCAUUUACAUCUGUGAGAGACGGAGAGAGGACCUUCCAGUCCCUGCCAGGACCUGCACCUGCGCUCGUCACACGUGAAUGGUCAAGCAGGAAACCGAAUGUGUUUUGUUUAUUUGUUGGUUUUGUGUCUGCGUUAUUGGUACAGUGGGAUACGUGCAAUUUUAGGUAUGAAGAUUAUUUUCCUAAUAGAUUAUUUUCUCUUUUAAUACUUUGAGCUCCUAUGCCAGUAUUUUCAAAAACUUAAUUUUAAGGAAAUGUGUGCCUGCGGUACAAAGUGUAUUUACUGCCAUUUCAAAAGAAUGUAUUCACUUUAGUUUAUUUCAUCCUCUUUGAGGUAUGCAGUUAAAGAUAUAUUUAAUAUUUUAAAGGGACACUUUUUUUUCAAAAAUAUGCUCAUUUUCCAACUCCCCUAUAGUUAAAUAUUUGAUUUUUACCGUUUUGGAAUCCAUUCAGCUGAUCUCUGGGUCCGGCGGUACCACUUUUAGCAUAGCUUAGCAUAAUCCAUUGAAUCUGAUUAGACCAAAAGAGAAAAUAUCGAAAACUCUUUGGUUAUUUUCUAGUGCAAUGCUAAUGGUCUAAUCAGAUUCAAUGAAUUAUGCUAAGCUAUGCUAAAAGUGGUACUGCCAAACCCUGAGAUCAGCCGAAUGGUUUGCAAAACGGUAAAAAAUCAAAUGUUAAACUCUAGGGGAGCUGGAAAAUGAGCCUUUUUAAAAAAAUGGAGUGUCCUUCUAAAACCGACUUAAAAAGUAACAUCUGCCACAUGCUUUUGUUACAGCAAUAUAUUUACUAGGCCAUAAAGAAUUAAGAUAAGGAUGUUUUUUUGUGGCAGUCGUGUGUAUUAUGCUCCUAUAGGUUGGCCUUAUGUGUUUCUGUUGAUAUAUAUGCUAGAUAUUCCAGCAUUAGAAAUUAAUGCAUAUAUGUGGCACCAUCUGCUGGUUUUAUCAAUCAUUUAAGUCUGUUCUCACUAGCAUGCAAAGUUUAAGAUUUACAUACCUUUAGGCAGAUGAUCUCAAGUUUAAACUUGGGAAAACUCAAAGUCUGUAGUUGCUUUUUAUAUAUAUGUUUAUAUCAUCUCUUUGGUUCAUGGGUCUGUUGUCCCUAAGGUCUAUGAUAGCUUUCAGUCAGUAUAACUGACCAAAUAAUGCACCAAUAUCAUUAAUCAUAUGUUGAUACAAUAUUCAAGUGUUUUUUUUUAAAGAAACACUCAACAGUUUAAGGACUGAAAUUGAUUUAAAGUUUCGGUUGAUAUGAUUCUCAGUCUCAAAGAAUGUCAAAGUAUUUCUGUUCUGUACUGAAGCAAUAUUUAAUAACAAAUCUAUUCUUUCUUUUACGGUAAAUUACAUUCAAGCUUUAUGACAUAUCUGACACACUAAGCUUCACAUUAUUUUCACUGACUACAGGGUCACAACCCUGGAAAUUUAAUUCAUCUUGCUGAAAAAAUGUCAUUAUCAAACACAAUUUUGCAUGUAUCAUUUAAAGGGACAUUUUUUGGAAAAUAUGCACAUUUUUCAGCUCCCUAGAGUUAAACAUUUAAUUUUUACAGUUUUGGAAUCCAUUCAGCCGAUCUCCGGGUCUGACACUACCACUUUUAGCAUAGCUUAGCAUAAUCCAUUGAAUCUGAUUAGACCAUUAGCAUUACGCUCAAAAAUAACCAAAUAGUUGAUAUUUUUCCUAUUUAAAACUUACGGAAACUAAAAAUUUUGAUUUUCUAGGCAGAUAUGUCUAGUAACUAUACUCUCAUUCUGGCAUAAUAAUCAAGGACUAUGCUAACGAAACAUGACUGCAGGUGGCGCAAUGAUAUUACGCCAUUCCCGAAAAUAGUCCCCUUGAUUACUUUCAAUAGCAGAGGACAAUUUACGGCAACAAUGUCCUUGAUUAUAAGUCAAGUUUUAAAAAUAUCGAAACUCUUUGGUUGUUUUUGGCGUGUUGCUAAUGGUCUAAUCAGAUUCAAUGGAUUAUGCUAAGCUAUGCUAAAAGUGGUACCGCCAGACCCGGAGAUCAGGUGAAUGGAUUCAAAAACGAUAAAAAUCAAACGUUUAACUCUAGGGAAGCUGGAAAAUGAGCCUAUUUUCAAAAAAAGUUGAAUGUCCCUUUUAAGCGUAUGAUUGGAAGUUUAGUAUUUAUUGUUAAGUGAGGCCUGUUCAUCUCAAUGUAUUUCAACCGGAUAUCGCACAUACGUUUGUGAACUGUACCCUGUCAUGUUUCUUUAUAUUGUGCACUAUGUGUUAGGUUGGGAGUUCUUUUCCCUUUACCUUUUUGUGCCUUUUCUUCAUUCGCUUGCCCAUCCAAGGCUGCUUAUUGGGUCCUCUCUCUCUUUUUCUCAUUUCUUUUUUUCACCUGCUCCUCACUCUAUUCCUCUCUCAUUCUAUAUUGGGUGUGAAAGUGGAUGCUUUUACCCCACCAUUCUCAAACAUGCCUUGAUAUUAUCAGUAUGUGCACUAAAACUCAAGAGGUUAGUCAGUAGGCAUUUUGCAAUAUAUUACUGAUCUUUAGUGGGUUCCGUUUUUAAUUUUUAUUGUUGUUUUUUGCAAAAAAGGUGUGCCAAUACUGUAGCUACUUUACAAACUCGCCCACUUUGUUUGUUAUAAGUUGUUUUUUAAUGGAUUUUUUGUUUAGAACACACAAGCCGAACAAAUGCAGGAAUUCUCAUUUUAAAUCUGUUCAAACAUACCUGUGACUCAUAAUGUUUGGAUUGUUCAAUAAAGUCCACAGUUGUUUAA